AUGCUACAACAAUGCUAUGCUAAUCCAUUCCCAAUGCUACAACAAUGCUAUGCGAAUCCAUUCCCAAUGCUACAACAAUGCUAUGCGAAUCCAUUCCCAAUGCCACAACAAUGCUAUGUGGAUCCAUUCCCAAUGCCACAACAAUGCUAUGCGAAUCCAUUCCCAAUGCCACAACAAUGCUAUGUGGAUCCAUUCCCAAUGCCACAACAAUGCUAUGUGAAUCCAUCCCCAAUGCCACAACAUUGCUAUGUGAAUCCAUCCCAAAUACUACAACAAUGCUAUGUGAAUCCAUCCCCAAUGCCACAACAAUGCUAUGCUAAUCCAUUCCCAAUGCUACAACAAUGCUAUGCGAAUCCAUUCCCAAUGCUACAACAAUGCUAUGCGAAUCCAUUCCCAAUGCCACAACAAUGCUAUUCGAAUCCAUUCCGAAUGCUACAACAAUGCUAUGUGAAUCCAUUCCCAAUGCUACAACAAUGCUAUGUGAAUCCAUUCCCAAUGCCACAACAAAGCUAUGCUAAUCCAUUCUCAAUGCCACAACAAUGCUAUGUGAAUCCAUUCCCAAUGCUAUGUGAAUCCAUUCCCAAUGCCACAACAAUGCUAUGUGAAUCCAUCCCCAAAGCCACAACAAUGCUAUGUGAAUCCAUCCCCAAUGCCACAACAAUGCUAUGCGAAUCCAUUCCCAAUGCUACAAAAUACUAUGCGAAUCCAUUCCCAAUGCCACAACAAUACUAUGUGAAUCCAUCCCCAAAGCCACAACAAUGCUAUGUGAAUCCAUCCCCAAUGCCACAACAAUGCUAUGUGAAUCCAUCCCCAAUAAUACAACAAUGCUAUGUGGAUCCAUUCCCAAUGCCACAACAAUGUUAUGUGAAUCCAUUCCCAAUGCUACAACAAUGCUAUGUGAAUCCAUUCCCAAUGCUACAACAAUACUAUGUGAAUCCAUUCCCAAUGCUACAACAAUGCUAUGUGAAUCCAUUCCCAAUGCUACAACAAUGCUAUGUGAAUCCAUUCCCAAAGCCACAACAAUGCUAUGUGAAUCCAUUCCCAAUGCCACAACACUGCUAUGUGAAUCCAUUCCCAAUGCCACAACAAUGCUAUGUGAAUCCAUUCCCAAUGCCACAACAAUGUAUGUGA